AAAGGGGUAGUAUUCAGAGGAUGGAGCACACUCGAGCACUCUCUCCCACUUCACUCGAAGUUCUCAGGAUUAUCCAUCCUCAACAGGAUAUUCAGUUUGUAGAAUUGAUCUUCGAUCACUACAGAGUUCCUUCAUCAUGAAAGCUGUAAUUCUCUGCGUUCUCUUAAGCGUGGCUGCUGUCAGUGCCAAAUCUAGGUCGAAACGAGAAGCCUUCGAUCUGCCUGAUGGAGCUGAUUUGUUAGUUGGAAACGUCAGAACAUCUUUCAGCUGCCCCCAGACUGCAGAAGGCUAUUAUGCUGACAUCGAAAAUAACUGCCAGAUCUUCCACGUUUGCCACACUGUAGUCCAAGAAGAUGGAUCAGCUGAAACUCAACAGUAUAGCUUCCUCUGCGGAAAUCAAACAGUAUUCAACCAAUUGACUUUCACUUGCUCCAUGCCUGAAGAUUCAGUGCCAUGCCCUGAAGCUCCAAAUUUCUUCUACCUUAACGAUAAUCUUCGACUGGGAGACCCCAACGUACCCUUCCUCGCUGAACAAGACAUCCAGAGGGCAGCUCCUCUUAUCCAAAGUCUUGCAGCCAGGUACCAGGCUGGUGGAGCUCCCCCCGCCAGACCCCAAAGAGGUUGAACCAUGAAUUCUCCUUGAAGACGGAACUGGAACAAGCUGAAAUCCUUUGGAGUUCUGCAUGAUCUGGGAGUUCUAACUCUGCUUCAGGAGACGACUAACAACAGUGGGGUCGGCUUGAUGUGUGGCAGCUACUCGGCACGUUCACAGUGAUAUUUCUUCCUAAAGAACUAAAAAAAAAACUUUUUCCCCUUUUUUCCAUUGCUAAUGAUUUAGCUUUGUUAUAUCUACAUUCUCCGAAAUGAGUUUGCAUAUGUGCAACAUGCUUUUACCAUUCCUUCACCAACCGCAGUCAUUGUCUUUCGGUUGGUGCUGCGGCCCCCCUCAGCUUCUUGCCAGCAAUCAUCAAGUAGCCUUUCCCCGGAACUGUCAAAUCAUGCAAAUCUCCAUCUACACUACGAAAUGGAAUUGAUAAUCGAGAUCCGGACAACAAAUGAAAAAACUUCUGUGAUGUGCCUUCUUGUAUUUAAAUGAAGCCAGUAUUGUUGUGUUCGUCACGCACAUAUACAAUGGCCUCUCUUUUUAUGCGCUUGUAUCCUACGUCGAACGCAGCGGUGAAGGACGCGGUUUUUUUAAUUGGGAUCAUAAUGUUUGAAUAUAUAGUGUCUUGAAUGACGUUUCAAAAGAUAAAUGUAUGCUGUAAAAAUACUUUGUACCAUAGUCCGCUGUAAAAAUGAUAUGACUUGACUAAGGUAUAAUGUCCCGUGUAUGCUUUCUGUACAAAAAUAAAUGCAUUUUUUUAGAAAAUA